AGUGAGGGAGAGAGGGAGAGAGAGAGAGAAAGAAAGAGAGAGAGCGAACCUGACUAAGACCGUGUGCAGCUGGAUACCGAGGGUGAAGUGAGUAGCCUAGUUAGGCUGCAUGAUGGAGGCAAGCAGGGAGGAUGAGGAGCAGCUAGAAAGACCAGGUACGCUCACGGAGACGGAAAUUGCAACAAUCCAGCACACCUGGGCAAAGGUCUAUGGCAGGAAAGAAGAUGUAGGAGUUGCCGUCCUUAUCAGACUCUUUACAAGCUUCCCCUUGGCCAAGCAGUACUUCAGCCAGUUCCGGCACAUGCAGGAUCCUGGAGAAAUGCGUGCCAGUGUCCAGCUGAGGCAGCACGCACUGCGGGUGAUGAAUGCGCUGCAUACCCUGGUGGAGAAUGCUCACGACGCCGAGAAAACGGCCGCUGUGCUCAGAACAGUGGCCAAGUCCCACGCCCUCCGACACAGGGUAGAGCCUACCUACUUCAGAAUCCUUGCUGGAGUUAUUCAGGAAGUGCUGGGGGAAGCUUUCCCAGAAGCCUUUGAUGCAGAGGCGCAAGGGGCAUGGUCUAAACUGCUGGGCGUGGUCUACUGGCACAUCACGAAGGUCUACGGUGAGAUCAGCUGGGCUUCCCUCGACAAUACAGCAGAGUGAAGAGAGAGCAAACACACAAGUAGCUUCUACUGGCCUGUUCCACAUUAGUGACUUGGAUGUUUCUGUGUUGCAUGGUGGUCAGUAGGUAGUUAGCUUGGCUGAGACUACAGAGGAAAACAUCUACCAGCAUCUGUAAGGACUCAGAGAACAUAUGAACAACACACAAGGAACAUUUAUGCAAUUUAUCCAAUCCAAUUUAUCAAAUCCAUUUAUCCAAUCCAAUUUAUCCAACACAUGUUCCAAUAUAACACAUGGGUAGCAUUUAUACAGGAUCAAACACAGGGAAUGUAUAUACAAAAUAAUACACAGGGAGCAUACUGUAUAUACAGUGUAACACACAGGGAACAUAUAUACAAUGUAACACACAGGGAACAUAUAUACAUUUCCUGGCCAAAAAGAAAGGUCACACACUCUAAUAUUUCGCUUGACCACCUUUAGCUUUGAUUACGGCACACAUUUGCUGUGGCAUCUUUUCCACAAGAUUCUGCAAUGUGACAACAUUUAUUUCUGUCCAAAGUUACAGUAUAUAUACUGUGUAACACACAGGGAAGAUGUAUAUAAUGUAACACACAGGUAACAUACACUGCCUGGCCAAAAAAAGGUCACCACCUGGAUUUA